AUGCCACUUUUUUAUAAAGCACAAGGGAAACUAUCCAAAAAAGAACAAAGUGCUGCACGUCUUGAGAAUUUCCGAAAAGAAGUAACCACAGACUCUCACAUUAUACCUCUAGAAGAACUCUGCGAACGCCUCUAUACAGAUCCAGUGACAGGUUUAACUACGGAACAAGCGAAGGAGGUAUUAAAAAGAACGGGUCCAAACAUGUUAACCCCCGCACGAAAAGCAUCAGAACUUUCAAAGUUCAUGACAGCUUUGUUUGCAGGGUUUUCGAUGUUGCUUUGGAUUGGAGCACUGUUAUGUUACAUUAGUGUUUUAAUUGAUUACUUAGAUGAUGGUCAGGUGGAUUGGGAUAACGCAGUACUGGGAGCGGUACUCGUCGUUGUAGUGUUGGUAACAGGAAGUUUCAUGUAUUACCAAGAACGAAAAAGCCAGAGUAUCAUGGAAUCUUUCGCUACUAUGGUACCAACGAAAGCUACAGUAGUUCGUAAUGGUGACGUGAGCGUAAUCGAUUCCAAAGAUGUCGUCCUUGGUGACUUAGUAGAAAUUAAAUUUGGAGAUCGCAUUCCGGCAGAUAUUCGGAUUAUCGAGUGCAGUUCAUUAAAAGUUGACUAUGCUUGUAUUACGGGAGAGUCAGAACCUCAAAUACGCAGCAACACCUACACAGACACUAAUUUUCUUGAAACGAAAAAUGUUGGUUUAUUCAGUAUGAACGUUGUAGAAGGGACUGGUAGAGGGAUUGUUAUAGCUUGUGGUGAUCAAACCGUCAUGGGCCACAUCGCAGGUUUGACCGCCAGACUUAAGCCCAACAAAACUCCCAUGGCAAAAGAGUUGUCACGUUUUAUGAAAAUAAUAAGUGUAUGGGCUAUCUGUUUAGGUGUAUCUCUCGCCAUUACUUUAAUGUUUUUGGGACACAGUCUCAUCGAAACUCUUUUAUUUGCUAUUGGAAUGAUUGUGGCUAAUGUUCCUGAAGGUCUUCUAGCCACUGUAAUUGUGUGUUUGACUGUUACGGCGAAAAAAAUGGCGUCACAAAAUUGUCUGAUCAAGAAACUAGAUUCCGUUGAAACGCUAGGAUGCACAUCCGUUGUUUGUUCGGACAAAACUGGAACUUUGACUCAAAACAGAAUGACGGUAUGUCACGUUUGGUACAAUCUAAAGAUGAUAGACGUCAGUCCGGGACAGUCUUACACGCCACCACAAUCGAGUGAACAAGGUUACAAGAGCUUCAUAAGAUGUGCUGCACUGUGUAACAGAGCAGAAUUUUUUCCCGAUCAAGAACAAAUACCAGUCAUGAAAAGAACAUUCCGUGGAGACGCGUCCGAAGGCGCCAUUUUGAAAUACGUCGAAGCUGUACAGUUUUUAAGUCAUGAUUUUAAACAAAAAAAUCCAAAGUUGGUCGAAGUACCUUUCAGUUCUGCAACUAAAUAUCAGACAAGCGUACAUGCAGUCAAAAAUGGCAAAUGUCUGGUAGUGAUGAAAGGUGCUCCUGAGGUGGUUUUGGAACGUUGCAGCAGUAUCUUGCUGAACGAAAAAACGACACCCAUAACUAAAGAAUUGUUAGAAGCAUGCAAUAAAGCAUGUUUAGAAUUUGCAGAAAUGGGGGAAAGAGUAUUAGGCUUUUGCGAUUUAGAACUAGGAAAAGAAUAUACACACAAAUUUUCCUUCACAGCUGAGCCUGCAAAUUUUCCUCAACGAGGUCUUAGAUUUUUAGGGUUUGUUUCCAUGAUCGAUCCACCAAGACCUCAGGUGCCUGACGCUAUAAUAAAGUGCAAAGAAGCCGGAAUAAAAGUGACCAUGGUGACAGGAGACCAUCCAAUCACAGCAAAAGCUAUAGCCAGGAAAGUGGGGAUUAUCACUGACACAACCAUUCUAGAAUUUAAACAUGUUAAAGCCUUAAGAAAAAUUCCGAGCGUUUAUGGUGGUAUAGCUAGGAAAUAUUCAAACAUACUAGAAAAGCCCGGUGCUUUAGUCAUACAUGGGUCAGUCCUUAAAGAUUUAAUGGACGAGGAACUUGACACUAUACUUUUCCAUCAUCCCGAAAUUGUUUUUGCGCGGACAUCACCCACCCAGAAGCUACAAAUAGUUGAAGGGUAUCAACGAUUAGGAGAAAUAGUGGCUGUUACUGGGGACGGUGUUAAUGAUGCGCCUGCUUUGAAAAAAGCGGACACUGGAAUAGCUAUGGGUAUUACAGGAACAGAAGUUUCUCAACAAGCUGCGGACAUUCUUUUAUUAGACGAUAAUUUUGCUUCGAUUAUCCUAGGAAUUGAAGAGGGACGACGAAUUUUUGAUAAUCUCAAAAAAUCUAUCACGUAUACUUUGGCGUCGAAUGUACCAGAAAUUGUACCUUUUCUGAGUUAUUCUUUCGUAGGGAUUCCGCUUCCUUUAGGAGUUAUCGCAAUACUUUGUAUCGAUCUUCUCACGGAUAUGAUGCCUGCCAUAAGUUUGGCGUACGAAAAAGCAGAAAGGGAUAUUAUGUUACGACCUCCACGAAAUCCUUUAAGAGACAGAUUAGUGAAUAGGAAAUUGUAUUUCCUAGCAUAUGGUAACCUAGGGAUGUUAGAAACUCUCGGACUUUUUUUGGUAUACUUCUUGGUAAUGGCAGAACAUGGUUUUUUACCUUCAACUCUAUUUGGUAGUCGAGAUGUAUGGGAAAGUCGAGAUGCCAAUAUGACUGAUAAUUAUGGCAGAAACUGGACAUUUUCUGAAAGAUUGACCUUACAACAUUCCUGUUAUACUGCGUGUAUGAUGUCUGUAGUUGUAACACAAUGGGCAAAUCUUAUUGCUUGUAAAACUCGUAUCAAUUCAAUUGUCAAACAAGGGAUGGAUAAUCAUAUCCUUACAGCAAGUUUAUUUAUCGAAACUAUUUUUACGUUAAUACUUUCCUACACGCCAUAUAUGUACUACUUAGACUUUUUCCCACUUAGGUGGUGGUGGUGGUUGUAUGCCUUACCAUUUUCAGCCCUGCUCUUAUGCUUCGACGAAUUGCGCAAAUCGCACGUACGUCGUUACCCUAAAGGGUGGUAUCAAAGGGAAACAUAUUAUUAG